AUGGACCACAAGCAAGACACCCGGAUUUCAUUUGCAUAUUACAGCUUGGAGUGGUGGGCAUUCGAAACACUUGUGCUGCUGUCUGGUCUUCUGCCCAACCCUCAGCUGGAGACUUCAGUGCUGUCAAUUUGCCUUAACACUGGGAUUCUUCUCUUCAUGAUACCAUCUGGGCUUGGUUAUUCUGUGAGCACGCGCGUUUCCAACGAACUUGGUUCUGGACAGCCUCAGGCAGCAAAGUUGGCAACGAGGGUAGUCGUGUACAUCGCCUUGUUCUUAGGCUUCGUCCUGACCUUGGGCAUGACCCUGCUACGCCACGUUUGGGGGUACAUGUACAACAACGAGCAAGAGGUCGUGGCAUACAUUGCCAAGAUGCUGCCAGUUCUUGGGAUAUCUUUCUUCAUAGACGGCCUUCACGGAUCUCUCUCGGGCGUGCUCACGGGCUGCGGCAAGCAAAAGAUCGGCGCCACGGUGAACCUCGGCGCGUUCUACCUGGCAGGCAUCCCUAUGGCGGUGCUGCUAGCAUUUGUCUUCCAUCUCAAUGGAAUGGGCCUUUGGCUCGGCAUCGUCUGUGGCAGCCUCAUCAAAGUGCUCUUGUUUGCAUCUGUCACAUGGACCAUAGACUGGAGCAUGGAAGCUACCAAGGCAAAGGACACGGUAUUCGGCUCAUCUCUGCCAGUAGCAUGA